CUUGCUUCUUGAAGGAGGUGGAAGGUGGAGGCUCCGGCACGUCAUCCUGUUGGUUUUACUCUGGAUGUUUCUGCACCGGACCGCUCCAGUUCUGGGCUGCAGCUCCAUAAAUUGUAAUGUGGUGCUAACUGAAGCCCGGGGGGAGAUCAAGUCACCCUGCUACCCCGAGAAAUACCCCAACACCCACACCUGUAAGUGGACCCUGCAGGCACCGGCCGGCUUCAUCAUCCAGCUCUCGUUUUUGGACUUUGAACUGGAAGAGGCGCUGAACUGCAUGUACGACCGGGUCCUGGUGAACACGGGUAACGCAGAAUCAAAGUUUUGUGGUCUGACGGCCAACGGUUUGACACUGAACUCGACGAGGAACGAGAUGGAGCUUUCCUUCAUCUCUGACUUCAGCAUACAGAAGAGGGGGUUCAUGGUUAGAUUCCAGCACGUUGCUGUGGCUCUGAGGAACCAGAAGGUGAAAAUCCCCAGUGCUGAGGUCGCAGAGGUCGCCAACUCUGUUUACAUCCCGUCACUCAAUGAACUGACCAUAUGUUUGGAAGUGGAAAGACUGGACGUUACUCAGGUGCUGAUGAGGUUUCCAUUUGAAGGGGUACCGAGUUUCAAAGGGAACAUCUACAACCUGCGCCUGUGGAAUCGUACCUUGACUCAGCAGGACCUGGAAAGCUUGACCUGCACCACGGUGGGGAACAUCAUCGACUGGGACAACAGCCAGUGGCUCAUCGCGUCCUCGCUUCCUCAGACCGACAACACGCUUAGCUGCAUCUGCUUCCCUCAUUGCACUCACUUAACUGCUGCUGCGCCCACUAGUGGUUCCACCCCACUUACAGGCUGUGAAGCCGGUGGACCGAGCUGCUCAGCCGCUUCCUCCCCCACCACCUCAUCCACUGACUCCACUAACACCAGCCAUGCUAUUAAUGCCACCUUCCACGCCUCCACCCCCACUACUAGCAUGCCACUAAUCAUCAACACCAGCACUUUCAGCUCCUCUGCUUCUGCCACCAUCAGCACCAGCGCUGCCCCGCCUCCAUCCACCGCUGCUUCCGCCAGCAGCACAACACAUGAGAAGAGCCCUUCAAAAUUCUCCUCCAGAACUACAAGGCCCAAACCGGCGGUCAUCCACAAUCAAAGUCUAGAUGAUGGAUUAGCUCCUGGAAGAAACUUUGGAUUUUUUCAAAUGAACAGAAGAUCCAGGCGUGCGCUGCAUCCCAGUCACUCUAGAAGAACUUUACCUCCUCGCUCCUUUAUGUCCAGUCAGUUUAAUCGUACACACAAAGAGUUCAGACUCCCAAAGUCAAGCUACCAACCCCGAAACAUCGCUCCAACCCUCAAUCCCAUCUCAUCUCGGGAUCCUUCCCGUCCAAGAUCGGCUUUCUUCCGGGGAGCUGCAUCCUACAGCAGGCCUAAACACUCCCUGGGGUUUAUCUCCACACCUCUGAGGAAAAGGCCGAGCGCAGGGAAACGACCAGCUGCUACACGGGCAACACCCAGCAAGGUGGAGGUUCGUGUGACAAAACCCUCCGCUCCAAAAAUCGGACUUAAGUCGACAGCCAGGCCCGUCACGAAAAACACAACCCCACCUUUGGGGAAUCCGACCCAGGCGACAGAUCAAAUAAAUCGUCCAGUUUUCACUGCGAAGCCUUUGUCCUUAACUCAUAAGAUCACAACAAACAAGUCCCCAACAACCGGCAGAGACUCUGAAACUCUCCUUGGACCACAGGCUUCCUUAUCAUCGCAGGACUCAUCUCCACGGCAACAUAAAGAUAGUUUGUUCUAUCGGGUUUCUUUCACGGUGAAUUCUGAGCUGAACCAGAAGGUGGAGGAAUGUGAGAAGCUGUUGAACUGGAGCCAUUCUGCAGCGGAAGUCAGACUCCAGCAGAAUGGAGGCUCAAACAGUUACACGUGUCUGGUGCUGCUGAUGACCAGUAAGAGUCUGGGCGAACAAGAAUUGACGGCCCAGCUGUACAACAAUCUCGCCGCCAGCAGCCUUCAGGACCAAAUUGGAGACAUCAGCGUAAAAGUCAUAGAGAACUGCCCCAAGGACAACCACCUCAGCUACCUGUGGCCUGAGACCAGUCCCAGAGUCACGCAGUACCUGCCCUGCUUCCCCACCAAAGACCAGAGCAUCUCCAGAACCUGUUUAAUAAACCCGGAAACCUUCGCCUCCUACUGGUCGACUGCAAACCUGACUAACUGCACGGUUACUGCAGAUAAUGCAGCCGGUGUGGCGGAGCAGCUGGCCGACCUCACCAAGAACAACCUGACCAGCGAGGAGGUUUCCCAGGUUGUGACGAAGGUGCAUGAGCUGGUGAGUGUGGCCAAGAUUAACACCACGGUGGCCGAGUCAGUCGUCAAUAUCAUCUCUAACGUCAUGGUCAGUUCAAAGGAGACACCGGGGAACACUUCUAACAUAGCUCUGAGGGCUAUGGAAGAGCUGGCUAAGAAGCUGGAAUUUGAUGGUCCGUCAGUCAACAUCACCUCCAAACAUCUGGCUUUAGGAAUACUGGCCCUCAAUGCCAGCUUGUUCAACGAGACUUCGUUUAGCACCGUCUUCCUUCCAAACUCCAAUGACCCGAAGGUCGAGUUUGAUCGGACCACCAACCCGUUGGCUCAGGUCACGCUCCCCUCCUCCCUGCUGACCGGGGUCUCAUCAGGCGAUUUCGACAGGUCGUCACUUUCCAGGAUCAACUUCAUGUUCUUCAGCAACCCCAACCUGUUCAUGACAGAGCAGAACGGCUGGUCUCUGAACAGCUACGUGGUGGCCAGCAGCGUCGGGAACCUCUCCAUCCAGGGCCUGAAAGAUCCGGUCCGAAUCGAGAUCACCCAUCUCUUUGAUCAGGUCCCCUCAAAUAGGGAGUGUGUUUUCUGGGACUUCAGCAUGCGCAAGGGAGACGGAGGCUGGAAUAAACAAGGCUGCGUUGUAUCCGAAGAGUCGAACACAAGCAGGACGGUCUGCUACUGCAACCAUCUGACUCACUUUGGCAUCCUGAUGGACAUUUCCCAGAGUUCAAUUCGAAUGGAUCCAGAGAACAAGAGGGUCCUGACAUUCCUCUCCUACAUUGGCUGCGGCAUCUCAGCCAUCUGUUCUGCUGCCACGUUGCUCACCUACAUCGCAUUUGAGAAGCUGCGACGAGAUUAUCCAUCUAAGAUCCUGAUGAACCUCAGCACGUCGCUGCUGUUCCUCAACAUUGUCUUCCUGUUAGACGGGUGGCUUGCCACUAUGGUCAAAAACGAGGGGCUGUGCACGUCUGCGGCUGUCCUUUUGCACUACUUUCUGCUGACCUCCUUCUCCUGGAUGGGCCUGGAGUCCGUUCACAUGUACAUCGCUCUGGUCAAGGUCUUCAACACCUACAUACGCCGAUACAUCCUCAAGUUCUGCAUCGUUGGAUGGGGUUUACCUGCAGUCCUGGUGGGAAUCGUCGUCACGGUGAAUAAAAACCAUUACGGCAUCUUGAUGGACCGUGAAGAUGAAACCGCAAUAAUCUGUUGGAUCAAGAACAAGAGCGUCUUCUACACCACCUGUGUGGGUUACUUCUGCCUGAUGUUCCUGCUCAACGUGGCCAUGUUCAUUGUGGUGAUGAUGCAGAUCUGCGGCCGCAACGGCAAACGCAGCAACCGCACCCUGCGAGAGGAGGUCCUUCGAAAUCUGCGGAGCGUCGUCAGCCUCACCUUCCUGCUUGGGAUGACGUGGGGCUUUGCUCUGUUCGCCUGGGGGCCCGUCUACCUGACCUUCACCUACCUGUUCACCAUCUUCAACUCUCUGCAAGGUUCAGUAUCUAGCCUGUCGGUUCUGAGCUAUGCAGAAAAUCCAGCCGAUUAG